GAAGGUAUUUAAUUAUUUUUUCCCAAAUUUGCCCUUGAGACAUUCCUAAUUCAAAAUACAAAUUAAAUGAUAACUAUGUCAACCUAAAAAGAAAAGAAAAUCAUAAUUAAGGAUAUUUUCAAAAUCCUCUUAAUUUUUAGGAGUAAAUGAAUUUUUUUAAUCGAUGUGCCCAAGCCUAAAAUAUCAAUUAUUUUGGAUGGGAGGAAGUAGUUAUUUAGGACUGUAUGUUAUCAGAAAAUUACUGAAUUGGAUCAGAUAUCUUGACUAUUAGUGCUGGUGCCUUUGUUGUCUUAAAUUGGGUAGAGAAUUAAGAGGGGGUAAGCCUUUCUUGAUAGUUGCACUGUGUUAUGAAUCCUGAUCAUGUCAUACAACUUUUUUGGGAUGAAUAUUUCUUGAAUUUCCUAAAAUUAUAUUAUGACACUUUAUUUUUUCUUUUAUUAGUUAAAUUUAGGCUUGGUUUGAUUAUUUGAUCAUGGUAAUUCAGUAUAUUGCAAAAGCAUCUGUAUGAGCCUCUUCAUCAUCAAUAUGGUUUUUACUGAGUUUUAUUACAACUUAGGGGGUUUAACAGUGGCAAAGUGAGAAAUUUCGCUAAAACUGUUCAAUAUAAAGUGUAUAAUUUUUUUAUAUACAUAGUAUAAUUUUCCAGACACGUCACUGUCUUAAAAGUGAGGUUCAACUUUUGUUAUAUUGCUGUCUAAAAUUUUGAACAAUGGAGAUAUUAUUCCUGACAUGCACUGGGAGUCAAAAGCUUUUUUUUUAAAGCCUUCAGGAAUGUAAUGAUUGCCUUUUAAUGGAUCUACCUUUUGAGCUUGUGGAGGUCAUUUAUUUUGAUGUUAUAUGGUGGAUGGUGAGACACCUUGUAUGGUCAUUCAUAUUUUUCUCCUAGACAUAUACAGCUGUGCUUUUUGGAAAGAAAAAAUAAAACAGUACUACCAUAGUCUAUGAUUAAAUUAAAAAUUGUAGCAUUUGAUUAAGCACCUUGGAGAAUAUGCCUUUCCGUAGUUGUUUGCCUUAUGCAUCCAACAACUUUUUUUUUUUUAAAGGGAAGAAACAAUAAGAGGAGGUGUUAAUGGUUAUUAAAGAAAAAGGUGGGGGGGGGGGGGCAGCCCGGUGUACUAAGCUCCGUGCAUCCGGGGAAGGUGUUAAUGGUGAAUGUGUACAAACAAAGGACCAGAUCAGAAGGUACCCAUACUUGCUGCUGCGACAUUGAACCUUGCGGACUUUGCUUCAGUAGCUGGAGAAAAAGAAGACAGCAUUGAAAUUUUCAUUCCUUUGGAAGCCUCUAUUGGCAGCUUCAAGAGUUCCCUCUCACUUUGUCUAUCACUCAACCUUGUGGAAUUGAGGGACACACGUGAAGCUUCAGAGACCAUUCCAAAGUUUACCAUGUCUGCUCCAGUAUCUCCAAACCCUGGAAAUGUUUUGUUGACAGACAGAAAUGAGGGUUCUUCUUUUAAAGCAGGUCUCCGGAAAGUUAAAUUUUUCAAAGGAUUAUCUGUUAGGCGACAGAAGAAGGCAUAUCAUGAAGAGGAAGGCAGCAGUGAUGGAAGGAACUCAGUGAGAAGUGAGGAUCCCGAUUAUGUUUACCGAGUGGAUACAGAUUCACUUGAUGAUGAUUCCGAAGAAGGAGAAUCAGAGGAAGGAAAAGAGGAUACAAGUGUUCAGAAGUCAUUUAGUUAUGAAUCACUUGUCCAUGCGAACCAUGCUGGUGGAUCAUUUUACUCGAACACAAGUGGCAGCGAAGACGAGGACUUAGUCCACUAUAGCCCUCAUAUUUCAGAUGUACCAGCGUAUAAAACUGCAGCACUACCAAAUCAAUCUACAGAGCAGAGUUCAAAACGCAGCAUUCUUCCCUGGAGGAAGAGGAAGUUGAGUUUCAGAUCUUCUAAAAAAAGCAAGGGGGAGCCGUUGUUGAAGAAACAUUAUGGAGAGGAUGGUGGGGACGAUAUAGACUUUGAUCGCCGACAGCUUUGCUCUGAUGAAUCUUCUUCAGGGUGGUGCAAAUCCGAGGAAGGUUCUGCAAACCGAUUUGCAGUCUCUGAGUUUGGAGAUGACAGUUUUGCUGUGGGUAAUUGGGAACAAAAAGAGAUAAUAAGCCGUGAUGGUCAAAUGAAGCUGGAAACUCAGAUCUUCUUUGCUUCGAUUGAUCAACGAAGUGAACGAGCUGCAGGUGAAGGCGCUUGUACAGCCUUAGUUGCCGUGAUUGCUGAUUGGUUCCACCAAAAUCCUAAAGAUAUGCCUAUCAAGUCCCAACUUGAUUGUCUUAUCCGCGAAGGCUCGCUUCAGUGGAGGGAUCUUUGUGAAAACAAGACCUACAGAGAACGUUUCCCAGAUAAGCAUUUCGACCUCGACACGGUCCUCGAAGCUAAAGUCCUUCCACUCUCAGUAGCUUCAGAAAAAUCAUUCAUUGGGUUCUUUCAUCCCGAAGGAAUCGAAGAAGUGGAAGGAUUCGACUUCCUUCACGGUGCCAUGUCUUUCGACAACAUUUGGGACGAGAUUUCUAAAUCCGCUCAAGAAACUCCCUGUUACAUAGUGAGUUGGAAUGACCACUUCUUUAUCCUCAAAGUUGAAAAAGACGCGUACUAUAUCAUUGACACACUGGGCGAGAGGCUUUAUGAGGGUUGUAAUCAGGCUUAUAUCCUCAAAUUCGACAAAGAUACAACGAUAUUGAAAGAGAAAACUGAUGUGAAAGAGGCUGUUGAUGAGGGAAAAAUUGUCAUUAACACCAAUGGCACCGAUAAAAUGCUGGAAGACAUGGUACCUGAAAACAACAUCAUUUAUAGAGGUAAAGACGCGUGCAAAGAGUAUAUUAAGGGUUUUUUGGCGGCAAUCCCUAUUAGGGAGUUACAAGUUGAUGUGAAGAAGGGAUUGAUGGCAUCGACACCUCUUCAUCAGCGGCUACAAAUUGAAUUCCAUUAUACAAUGAGCUUUGAUCCUAAGUUUGAGUCGUCAUCAGAAGAACUAACCGCUAACAGUUUGACAAUACUACCAUCGGCAGCAGCAGAGUAAGCAACGAGUAAUAAAGUUUUACGAGUAUAUACAUAAUGCUAAUCCUUUUGUUCUACAUAUAAUUUAGGAAUUUUGAAAAGCUAAUUGCUGUUUAGUGUUCCCUGGUCUCUUCUUUGUUUGCUUUAGUAUAUGAUGACUGUAACUGGCUCAGUUUCCCCUUUGUCUUAUCUUCCUCGGGCACGACAGCACGAGGAAUUAUAUGUAAAUGACUAUGGAACUGCUCAAGAGUACUCUCUUUUUCUUCUCUCAAAGAGGGAGGUUGACAUGAAUGAAUGUAUUAGUUCUA